UUCCCAACCUCCCUCAAAGUUUUCCAAUCCACUCAUACAAGAGAAACGAUCUCAGGAUGAUGAAUCAGAGCAUAUGGAAGAAGAAGAAACAGUACACCCCAGAAGAACUUCCAACCCAGAUCAUCGUUGAAAUCCUCUCAAGGCUCCCCAUCAAGACCCUCUUCCAUUGCCUACUCGUUUGCAAAGACUGGUUUUUUUCAAUCUCAGACCCUUACUUCGCCAAGCUCCACCUCUCUAGAUCACCAAUCAGUCUCUUGAUCAAACCCAUCUACAGAAACCACCCCGAAUCAACACAACCCCACUUGAUCGACCUACAAUGCGAAACCCAAUUGAAAUUCAGCUCCAAAAUCAAUUUCCCAAUUCUCGAACACCAAACAGUGACCUCUUGCAAUGGUUUGCUUUGUUUGUCCUAUAUUUCUAACCCCAUUUACGAAUGCAAUCCGAUUCUGGGUGAGUACAUUACCUUACCCAUCUCAACAUAUGAUGGAAAACAGCAACAUCGUACCAUCACUGCUUUUGGUUUUAGUCCAAUGACUAACCAAUACAAGGUUAUACAAUUUUUUGUUUAUCGGGUUUUCGACCCCAUUAACCAAGCCAAGGCUAUGAUUUACACAAUUGGUCAAGGGUCGUGGAGAGACAUAGGGAUUGUUCCUUACUAUUUGAUUAAGAGUGCUGUUAUUAGCACCUAUCAAAAUUCUUUGGACCUCAAUUCUUUCGUGAAUGGGGCUCUUCAUUGGCUUACUUUCACCCAAGAUAGUCCCAACUUCAUUCGUUGUUUUGAUUUUGGGUCUGAGCAAUUUCGGGUUGUUCCUGAACCUCCUGAGUGUGGUCUGCCUAGGAAGAAUUUUAUGGGUUUUGUACGUGUUGGUGUGUUAAGAGAUAGUCUCUCCAUUAGUGAUUUUUCUAAUCCCUUUCAUUGUGAUAUAUGGAUAAUGAAAGAUUAUGGCAUUAAGGAGUCUUGGAGCAAAGAGUUCGUUAUUGGGAAUGUGACUAGUAUGAGAGGGUAUGGUGACUAUUAUGAAACAAUUAUGAUUUUAAAGAACGGUGAAAUUUUGAUGCUUGUUAACAAGGGUGUUCUCGUGCUUUAUAGUCCUAAGGAAGGUAGGGUUGAGAAGUUAAAUAUUGACGGGAUCAACAUCAACCCUACAUUUUAUGGGACUGCUCAUAUUCCAAGCUUUGUUUCCCUCAAGGAUGUUGCCAAAGGAGAAAGCUUGAAGUCAAUGCUGAAGGUGCAUAAGGUGAAUGCUUUGAUUAUAAGCAAUUGCUGA